AUGGACAGCCCUCUAUGGCCUAAUGAAGAUGCUACACCACGUUGCUGGAAGGUUCCCAGUGCUGCUCAGUUAACUUGCUUGGUGCGCCACCUUGCCGAACUUGUUUUACCAUCUAUUCCGUUACUUCCCGUUGUGUGGACACAGAUAGCUAUGCGAAUGGCACUUACCACUACGCAAAGGCAUGCUGCUGGAAGAUGUUUUCAGAUAGUUUCUUCAUUAUGCCAACCUCCUGGUGCCUGGAUUCCGUCGCUUAUCAGUAGACUUGUGGAGACAGCUGGGGAAACACAUGAGGAUACGCAGGCAUACGUUACAGACUUGCUGUUAUGUCUUCUCAGUAGUGCUCCUCAUUUGAAUCCGCUGGUUGAGCCACCGCUUGUACCCUCGGCAUCCCCAACUCAUGCACGGUCAACAUCAUAUACACCAGCUCUUCUUAGGCAGUCUGUCCUCAGCCAAAGACUCCAUCAGGAAAGAAAGGGUGGGAAUGCUCGGCUGUCGCUCUUACUUUCAGAGGAAGAAUCCAGACUUGGAAGUGCGCUAAUGAGAAGCAAAAGUGCUGAUCAACUCAAGAGCGAUGUUGAAGGAGACGAAGAAGCAACAGCUCGAAUGCAGAUUUGCGCCAUUGCCGUAGCUCUUCUUGAGAGUGGUGUGGACAACGAAUUUUUACUUGCAAUCCACCUCCUCGAAAAGGUUAGCAAAUCAAAUUAA